UGACGAAUUUAAACAUCCCUUUUCAAUACAAUCUGUAGAGUGAUAUGUUCUGUAAACUUUAUCGCAGAGAUAGUAUUGCACGUUUUGAUACGCGGUUAUCACACGCAGUAUAUGUAGUCUGUACGUAAGAAAUAGUGCGAAGUUCAAGGUACAUGGUGAAGAAUUUUCUGCAUAAUGUCAAAGGCAGUAACAUCAGAUGACAGUUCUAAUGAUCCGAACCCACUAACUUUUACUGAAAUUGAAAUACCUGUUCCUUGGGGCAAAAUUGCAGCGAUGACAUGCGGCGAUUCUUCCAGUCAUCCCAUUUUAUGUCUGCAUGGCUUACUGGAUAAUAGCGCGUCAUUUGAUAGACUCAUGCACGCAUUAUCACUGAAAUCACAUUUCUUUGUAAGCAUAGAUCUCCCAGGCCACGGAAAAUCAUCACAUUUGGAGCCUGGGACACAAUAUCGUUUUCUGGAUUUUUUGACAGUUGUUCUGAGGAUUAAACAGUACUUUCAAUGGGAAAGGUUUUCUAUUAUAGGACACGAAAUGGGAGGACUCUUAGGUCUUUAUUUUGCAGCAUAUUUUCCUAAAGCUGUUGAGAAACUUGUCGUGCUGAAUCCAGUGUGCUAUUUGACACGAAACAAAGACCAAAGCCAACGGUUUAUAAAAACUGCUGAAACUGCUUAUAAAGUGCAGCAUCAACCCAAAGAAAUUACAUUUACAACGUUGACUGAUGCACUGGAUUAUAUUUUAAAUUUGCGGAAGACUAAAUUGUCCAGCGAAUUACUUCCAGUUUUACUAAGAAAUGUCUGCCCUGUUGGUAACGUGUAUAUGUUGUCCAUAGACAGUAGAAUUAGUGCAUUAGAAUUCCCAGUAAUAAGUGAGAAACAGUUGUAUCAAAUUUUUAAUAAAAUAACAUGCGAGCUUUUUAUCAUCACUUCUUCAGAUAAAAGAGAAGAUUUUAAAAUGUUGCCAGUUGCUUAUUUUACCCGUUUAUUUAAGAAAAACUGUGAAAGAUUUGGAACCAUCACAUUAAAAGGAGACACUGAUCUACAUUUACACAAGCCAAAAACAGUUUCGUCUCAAGUACGGCAAUUAUUUUUGGACUUUAGGUCAUCUUUAUGAAAGUUACAAUAUACCUAUUGAUGUGAACUGUAAAUUCAAAACACUAAUGUGGUGGUUGUUAUGAUCUAUUGGUUUACCAGAAUAUAGAGUCAAGGUGAUCAGAUAUUAACUUGACAUUAGUUAUUCAGCUGUAAAGACACAAAAAUAAUUAAGUUAUAUCAAAUUACAUUGCAGCAAAGGUUUGGGGAGCCGCAGACAAUAUACCACUUCUUGCUGUGCAUGGACUUCAAGACAACGCUGGGACAUUUGAUCGCCUUGUGCCCUUUUUGCCAAAACAUUUUUACAUGGUUUGCAUAGAUUUACCUGGUCAUGGUUGU